GGGUCGUGCUGCCGGCCGGAGCCUUGAGCGCGGCGCACCCGGCACGAGCGCGAUGGCGCGGAGCGGCGGCAAGGCAGCUGUAGUGCUGUGUCUGGAUGUGGGCCUUACAAUGGACAAUGCUGCUCCUGGAGAGGAGUCUCCACUGGAACAAGCCAAAAAGGUUAUGACAAAGUUUGUGCAGCGACAGGUUUUUGCUGAAAGUAAAGAUGAAGUCGCUGUAGUUUUGUUUGGCACAGAUGGUACUAGGAAUGUCCUUGCUAGUGGGGAUCAAUAUCAGAACAUUACUGUACACAGAUCACUGAUGCUGCCAGACUUUGAUUUGCUGGAGGAUAUUCAAACUGUGAUUCAACCAGGCUCUGAACAAGCCGACUUUCUAGAUGCAAUUAUUGUAUGCAUGGACUUGCUUCAGAGGGAAACAAUAGGAAAAAAAUAUGAGAAGGUACACAUUGAAAUGUUUACAGACCUCAGCAGUCCUGUCAGUGAGGAUCAGCUGGAAAUUAUCGUUGCUAACUUGAAGAAAACGGGAAUUCUGCUUCAGUUCUUCCUGCCAUUUCCAGUGGAUGCUGAUGAUGGAGGUGGAGAUAUUGGUGCACAUUCUCAUUUUCACAAAAACUCUUUUGCAAGAGAGGGGAUAACGGAGCAACAGAAAGGAGGAAUCCGUGUGGUAAAGAAAUUGAUGUGUGCUUUGGAUGAAGGAGGAGGGCUGGAAGAGAUUUACACUUUCAGAGAGAGCCUGGAGCGUCUUUCGAUGUUUAAGAAAAUGGAAAGAAGACCUGCGGCUUGGCCCUGCCAGUUAACWAUUGGAUCUGAUUUGUCUAUAAACAUCGUGGCCUACAAAUCUCUUACAGAAGAGAAGAUGAAAAAAACUUGGACAGUUAUAGAUGGUAAAACCCUCAGCAAAGGUGAUGUGCAAAGAGAAACUGUUUACUGCUUAAAUGAUGAUGAUGAGACGGAAAUUCAGAAAGAUGAUACUAUUCAAGGGUUUCGCUUUGGGAGUGAUAUAGUUCCUUUUUCCAAAAUAGAUGAAGAGCAAAUGAAAUACAAAACUGAAGGAAAAUGUUUUUCUGUUUUGGGAUUCAGCAGAUCCUCUCAGGUCCAGAGGCAGCACUACAUGGGCAACCAGGUUCUCAAGGUCUUUGCAGCCAAAGAUGAUGAGAAUGCAGCAGUUGCUUUUUCUGCCCUUAUCCAUGCCCUGGAUGAGUUGAAAUUAGUGGCCAUAGUACGUUACGUUUAUGGUGAAAGAUGUAACCCACAGAUUGGUGUAGCCUUUCCGUUAAUUAAGGAUGCAUAUGAGUGUCUCAUCUACGUGCAACUACCCUUCAUGGAAGACUUAAGACAGUAUGUGUUUUCUUCCUUGAAAAACAACAAAAAAUAUAUUCCUACAGCGGACCAGCUAUCAGCAGUUGACUCGCUGAUUGAUUCUAUGAACUUAGUUCAUGAAGAUGAAGAUGGAGAAAGUUUUGAGGACCUGUUUAAGCCCAGCAAAAUCUCGAACCCUCAUUUUCAGAGACUAUACCAGUGUUUGCAGCAUAAGGCUUUAUACCCCGAUAAGCCAUUGCCGCCGAUUGAACCGCACCUUUUGGAGAUGCUCGAGAUUCCCUGUGUGGUAAAAGAAAGAUGCCAGGUUGCUCUUGAAAAAAUAAAAGCACUCUUCCCCCUGAAGGAUGUUGGCAAGAAGAAAGAAGACAAGACAGCUCAAGACAUCUUCAAAGACAACAAAGAAGAUGAACCCAGCCUUAAGAAGCUAAAAACUGAUGACGAGGAAGGUGGUUUUAGCAUCAUUAGCAUUGCUGAAGGCAGUGUCACCUCUGUUGGCAGUGUUAAUCCAGCAAAAGAUUUCCAAAUUCUGGUGAGGCAGCGGGAUGCUAACUUCAAAGAAGUGAGUCAACAGUUGAUAAACCGCAUUGAUCAGUUUUUGGAAAAUAGAGGUUUACAGUACUACAUGAAAGGCAUUAAUUGUAUCAAAGUUUUUAGAGAAGAGGCCAUAAAGCUGUUCGAGUUCCAGUGUUUUAAUGACUUUCUGUGGGACCUGAAGUCCAAGGUGGAAGAUAAAGUCUUACCUGAUUUCUGGGAGCUAGUGAUGCAGGACAGAAUUUCUUUGAUCACUAAAGAUGAAGCAGAGGGAAGUUUGGUGACUAGAGAAGAAGCUGAAAAGUUCCUGGCCCCAAAAGAAAAGCAAAAGGAAACUCCACCUGCUACAGAUGAAGGUGGUGACGUUGAUGAUUUGCUGGACAUGAUGUGACUGAGCACUGCAAGUGAUUCUACUGGUGAAGGUUUGGGAGAGAUCUCCCUGUGUCAUGGGGCACAAAACAAGAUGCCAAGGAGAAGCAGUGUAUCCAUCUUUAUUUUUUCAAGUGAGAACAGAAGUUCCAGAGACAUUUCCAAUUGGUGUAAAUGUCAUCUGUUUUUUCAAAACUAGAACAGACGAUUGAAAUAAUCUGAAGUAUUUCUGGAGGGAUGAUAUCUUUAAGGCAUCUCUUUUUUCUUUAGCUCUGAAUCUAGCUUAUCCUCGGUAUUCCCGCCAGCUAAACAGCACUAAAUUAAAUGAGAGCCUGCACUGGCACCUGGUAUCCUUGUUGUGUUGCCUGGGAAGGAAGACAGAAAUGUCAUGGGGAGGUUACAAGGUAAUGUAGAACCUUUAGUGGAGGUAACUCCAUAACACUAUAGGUAAGGAAGGAAGAAGACUGUACUUUCAUGUUUUUCCUSCUAUAAAAUGGCAGAAAAAGGUUUAGUUAGGGAACAAAAAGGUUUCUAGGCCACAGAGGUCACAAAAUAAUGACUUGAAAUCUAAAAUGAUUUAACGUACAUAGCAAAGUGCAUUUUUAUAUGUAUAUGUGUGCAUAUACUUAUAUAUAUUUUCGUCCUUCCCUCUUCUCCCACAUUGUCCCCAAAUGCCAAUGAUCAUUUGUGCUAGAGAUUUUUUUUUUCCAUCAGGUCAACCACAGCACAUGUCCUCAAAGCUUCUACCCCUUUCUAUUAUGGACUGUCAUGUUCUUUGUCCUGAGUUUUUCUUUUACUCACAGACUUACUUGUAGUAACUGUGCUGAUUGGUAUUUCUGGUACUCCCUUUUGUACAUUGCAAAUAACAUGAGCAGAAGAAUCUGUAGAAGUUGCACCUGAAACCUGUGGUAACUACUGAUAGUAGUUAAAUGUCAGUAACCUGAAUGGACUGUCCAUACAAAGCCAACCAAAAUAGUCAAAUGCUGCUCAGAAGGAGAUGCUGCUAGGUGGUUUACAGAUCUAAGGAGACGUUUAGAAGAUCUUCAUAAAUGCUUGCUUGUUAUGGGCUGAUUCAUUCCUUAAAAUACUAUUCUUCUGUUACUGAAAAUACAUAAACAUCCUGUGCAAAAUGGUGUUGAGACCAUAGGAAACACAAAAAGUAAGAUGCUUUGGUUUGGGAUAUCUGUAUUUUCUACGAAACRGCUCCUGUGUGAGAAAUGGUGAUUGCUCUUGCCCAUACACCUGCUCUUUCCUCUCUUCUGUUCCACCUUUACUUAGUUCAUACAGACUUUGAAGAGAUUUCUGGAAUACUGGUGGGCAGGGAGAAGGUGAAAUCUUCAGACUUUUUUAGAGC